AAUAAAACAGUUGAUUUAAAACAACACAGGAUGCCAGUGUCAACACUGAGAUAUGCUGUAUAGAGACGAUGAUACAGGUGCACGUAUUUACAGUACUGCUGUGCGUGAGCGCAGCUUUCGGCGCAGCCUUCAACCCUGACUACUUCCGGUGUCACCUUGACCUCUGUAAACGAGGAGAACAGUACUGUGUGGAGGAGAGACAACGAUGUUACCACUGCGCAGACUUAACUCACCUGUGCAAUACAACUGAACUCUCGCGAGACUGUGACAGCUAUUGCUAUCGGGUUCAAUUACAGAACGUAGUGGAACUUGAAGCAAAUAAAAGCGCGGAGUUGGCAGACAGGCAGGCACACCUCCAACAGGAACAACAGAAAAACGCUGAUCUGAAACAGACAGUCAAACAGCUGGAGAGUAACGUCAGCCGACUCACAACAGUAAACGAGAAUCUGAACGCUGAAAUAACCAAAGGUGAAAACCUGAAAACAGAACAUAAAGAGCUGGUGAAACAAUUGAACCAGAGCAAGAUCAACUUCAUCGUAUGUCUAGUGAGUGGAGUGUUCAUUGUCAUCAUUCUGUCAGGGACCAUUUGUUGUCUCUAUUGUCGGAAAGAACGCCAUUCAAACUCUAUCGGCAUAACGCAGUCAGGGGAGAUUAAAGGAGAGAACCGUUCCGAUCUCGUCCCUUUGAUGGACAAAUGUGCACACCUUCCCACAGUUUCUCCUGGCCUUACCAUCAAUGGUGACGUCACUGUAGAAAGAUUGGAGGUUCAGUCACCUGACAAAAACAUCGACGAUAUCAACAGCACUCCUCCGCCAGCAUACCAAUCGCGUCUUGAAGCGAAGAAGGAUAGCAUAGACAUAACCGUGGCAGACAAAAACGACAUUAACAAAAGAGAAAAUGAGAGAACACCCUCAGUUCUGAAAAAUAUUCAACCCACUGACAGUUAUUCAGAGACAAUGUUGACUAAGGACACUGUUCUUUGGGUCAUCAUUGCUCUACACGUGGGUGUUGCUGUCGACACCAACUACUUCAAGUGUUACCGGGACUUGUGUCGUCGUGGAGAACAGUACUGUGUGGAGGAGAGACAACGAUGUUACCACUGCGCUGACGUAGCUCACCUGUGCAACACAACUGAACUCUCGCGAGAGUGCGACAGCUAUUGCAAACGGAUUGCACUGGAAGAAAUGACAAAGGAGAAAGACAAGGCGUUUUCAGAGGUGAAAACAAAACUUCACAGUGAGCAACAAACAUCAGCAAAAAUGAAGAUGAAGAUCACAAAGUUGAACACGAAGCUGGACCAACUGAAUGAAUCAAGGAGAGCUCCAGUGGUUUUUGACAGGGGAAAUACAAAACGCAAAGCUGAUCAUGAAGAUGUUGCCAAACAGAAUGAGUGGUUGAAGGCCACCCUCACCGGCGUGGGUGCAGCUUGUGGUGUGUUGGGGGUAGUGGUGAUUAUCCUCACUGGCGUCAUUUGCUGCAAAUGUACCCAGAAACAAGAUCCUCCUGAUGAAGGGAAAUCUCCGCUCCCACCUGUUCCAGAGAAGGAGAAACUGGUGCCAUACCAACUGCUGGAUCAACUUUCUCCCCCGUUGCAAGUUUCAGGAGACUAUGUCACCAUAGGCACGAAGUCUCAUGUUGUCAAUUCUGACGGCGUCCACAUCUUCAGUGCAGCAAGACCGAAGAUGCAGUCAUCUUGCAUCAGCAACAUGAACAGCAACAACGGCAAUGCACCGCCGGAAUAUAAGACAUAUUUGGACAGUGGACAUGCUUGUUGAAAUGCUGUGGAAAAGAUGGAAAUGGGAAAACGGACGAGGCUCAAAGAACGUCUACUGCCCUGGAACAUAUUUCUCUAUAAGAGGAGAUCAUGCCAUGGAAUUUGAUCUGAGAACCCCUAAAUCAGUAACACUAGACACAUCAUUUGUUAUCAUUGGAAAUGGAGGUGGCUGGGAUUUUAUGAAAGGGGACAAUUUUGUUUCCGGACACUGCAUGAAAUCUUUAAAGGUCACAUGCAACGU